UGUUCCAUUUUUUGACAACAGACAAAGGGUAAAACGUCGUGAUUUAUUUUCGUAAAUUUGUUUAUUUUUUUAACAGUGACGCGAACAGAUGUGUGUAUACCAUAUUGAAUGCGUUGAUCCGUAAUUUUCCAAACUUAAUAAUGUCAACACAUUUGUCGGCAAGUGUACAGGGAUUUGUAAUAAAGAAAGUUGAUCGGAAGCUCUAGAUAACAAAAAAAAAAGAAAACAAAAAAAGUUAUUGUGACCGAAUUUCGUAAAUUAAUUCCAGUGGGUGUGCUAUAAAAGAUAGAACGUAAGCGUAAAGGAUAUGCAUCAUUGACGUAAGUGAUUUGUAUAAUUAGAUUCGAAGGUCGUGCACUUCUUCGCGCUUAUGGAAGCCUAGUACUGAACACUAGUAUAUUUUUUUCCAAAACUUGACAUAAUUUACCGUAAUUUAUCCCAUAGAGUACACAAGAUUAAAAGCACCGAACCGCAAUGGACAUAGUGCAAAACAUCAACCUUCAAAGUCGCGACGCAAUGAACAACGACGUAUCGUCCGCAUCGAGCGAAGACAACACCACGUUCGGCAAGAUCAGGCGUUACUACAAGAACCGACGGGACUCGACUUCCGACAGCGAGAUGCCAGUUCGUCCUCAAAGAAUGCACAAGAGCAUGCAUAACUUGCACGAGAACCAGAGGAACGAUUACACCCGAAGCCUGUCUUCGAUACAGAACAGCAUCAGCAACAUCGACUUGAGCCUCCACCGGGCCGAGAUCAAGAAGUUCGAUAAGCUCCAGAUUCCCAUUGUCGGCUACGAAGUGAUGGAGGAGAGGGCCAGGUUCACGAUAUACAAGCUCAAAGUCGAGGACGACAAACGCGAUCAAUCGUGGUUAGUUUUCAGAAGGUACACAGACUUCGUCAGGCUGUACACUAGAUUGAAAUCGGAGCAGCCCAAUAUCGAACUGCCUCUUCCCGGGAAAAGGUGGUUCCGCGACAAUUUCGAGCCGACAUUCCUGGAAGAAAGAGUCCGCGGCCUGCAGACAUUCGUCAACGUCAUACUGUACAAGCUACCGAAUAAUCCAAUAGUGAGGGAAUUCUUUUGCCUGGACGAACCGCCCCAGGACUUCAGCUAUCAACCCGAAGUUCAAGCUGUUUAUGGGGCUCUAGAAGAUUCUAUAACGUCCCUCAGAAUGCAGCUGAAACAGAAGGACGCGACCAUAAUGCACCUGCAGAAACGCUUGGCGCUUUUGGAGGGCACCAUCGGACAAUGCGGUAACUGUAGUACAAAAAUAAAUAACAUUAGUAUUUACUAGAUUAGGAAAUUUCAUCAUACAUUAUACUGGCCCUCGGGGUUCAAGUAUUUCGAAUAAUUGACCGAAACAAGAUUUAAGGGUUGCACCCGCAAUGUAUAACUAAUGAAUGUGGGUUCGUUGACCCCGCUCACACGAGGUCAUUGUUCGCGCGCGAACACGCCGGCCCUCGCAUCCGUCCACAUUUUUUUAGAUGACGCGUAUUUGCCCCAAACGCCUUUAUGAACAGGGUAUGAAAUUAAUAAAUUUUUUUUCUCGUUAUUAAAAAGGCCGUAUUUUUUUUAAAGCUUGCAAUAAUAGUUAUUAUUUGUUUUACCAAAACUUAGGUGCUAAGUUUUUCUUUUUACAUUUAAAUGCAUUUAAUCUGUGCGUAUAUGUAUAUAUUUAAGGCUAGAAGUCUAUCGGAGAUUACUGCAUUCAUAAUUUUUUUAAGUUUUCUUAUUAUUGUCUAUUCUAAAGAGAGUAUUAGUUUUGUUUACAAAAGCAUUCGAUAGAUGGCGUUGUUCGAUAUCUGAAUCGCGCUAUGGUUAUGUUACGCUGCUUAAUAAUUAAAAUUAAUUUCCAAGUUAUUGUUUCGGGGAUGGAGAUAGCUUGAUUAAUUGCAAUGUUAUGAAGUUGAAACUUAACGUUUUUUUUUACUCGUAAGUAGCCUUCAAGGGCUAUUCGGACUUCGCCCUAAACGUGGUGGGGCGAAGCUUACUCGUCUUCGUCUGAAACGGUUUUCUAACACUGGCCCUAGCAAUGGCAGUGCUUCGCUGAAUCUACCGCCGGAUCGGAAUCGCGACCCACUGAGGAGAUCCGGCGAGAAGUUCAGUCGAUUAAACUAAUGUACAAUUUUAUUGUGAAAAUUCAUUCCAUUAAACAGAUGGGUGUAUACAAUCCGCCUGAUUUUAAGCGGUCGUCCGAUGCCGGUACAUCGGGAAAAUUGUUAAGCGAAAUAUCGCUUAACAAUUAUAUUUGUAAUUAAAGGUGCGUUUUAUUUGAAGCCGUCGUGGCCUAAAGGAUAAGGUGCCUUCAUAUCGAGCGAUGCAACGUUAAAGUUACAGGUAAAGAAGCGAACACAUCGCAAAACAUUUCAAUAAGAUCAUUCGAAUACACCUAUUUUAAUAUGAAUACAACAACGUCAAUAUUAUAGAGGGUAGAAGUAAGAAGCACCUUCUCAGUUUAUUAAAAAGCGUCCGUUAAAAGGGAGUCAAUUAGGUGGCGCCACAGUAGCAAGUGGAAAGAUUUUAAAAAGAGCGCCAUUAUCAAUUACAGUUAGAUACCAAGAUUAAGAAGGAAAAAAAACAACUUCCUACGUAAAUAUUACAAAAAAUAAAUAGUUGAAAUUUUAAAUAUUGCAUAAAAAAUUUAACUACACAAGUCACGAAAGAUAUUAAAUUGUUUUAAUCCAACACACUUCACUCUGUUUAAAACUGCUAUAUUCAUAUCAUUUCCACUUAUUACACUAGCGCUAUUUCGGUGAGCCUUCCAACAAUAACUUGCCGUUUACAAGCGGACGCCUUUUCAACUUGUCCCCUAUACAAGAUUGCGCUCCUUACUUCUAUCUACCCUCCAUAAUCAAAAGUUACAUUUACAUCUAACUACCCGCAUCGUACAAUACAAUAGAAGAAUAAGUUUGUUUACAUAUUUUAAACUUUUGUCAUUGUUAGUUAUCUUUAUAUCUCAUUAGAUCAAAUAUUAUUCCAUAGUAAAGCGAUACGAUAAAGCUAGAGAUCGCAUUCAUGUGAAUCGAUAGAAAAUAUCGAUAUGUCGCAUUCGGUUUUAUCGAUACACCGAAAUAUCUAAUCGGGCAAUCAACAAACUCUAUUGUUGUGACCGUUUAAAAUCGCAUAGGCCUUAAAAUCGUUGCGAUGCAUAUAAAGUAUUUAGAAUGAAGAAUGUACUUAAUAUUGUGACUAAAGUGGCGGAUGAAAGGCGAUUGCAUGCAGCGGAGAUGCCAAUGUUGCGAUGGAUGUGUGGAGUAACGAGAAUGGAUAGAAUAUGUUAGAGGAAGUCUGAAAGUGACACCUGUGACAGAGCAGCUGAGAAGUGCGCGUUUGGGAUGGUAUGGACGUGUGAUGAGACGAAAUGAAAAUGAGGUUGGUAAGAGUGAGUGUUAACUAUGGAUUUGGAAAGAUAUAGAAGAAGAGGUAGACCUAAGAAGAAAUGGAUGGAUUGCGUGAAAGACGAUAUGUGUAAGAGGGGAGAAAUGGUGUAUGAUAGAGGAGUAUGGAAGGAGAAAAGAUGUUAGACAUGUUGCGCCGGCCCCAGGUGACUGGGAGAAGGGAAGGAGAUAUGAAUGGAAUGUAUUCAAUAUUAGCCUUUUAUUUUCAAAUGAAAAAACAUAUUUACGUACAAAUUUUAAUUAUACAUACAUACAAUGUUGUUCAAAUAGUUUUUUAGUUUACCAAAUUUUAUUGAAUUUAUUUUUAAGUUUCACCACAUAAUUUAUAAACAUAUAUAUAGACGAAUUUAUAAACAAUAAUUAUUAAUAUAAGUGCCUUAUUGUACCUAUUAAGAGGAAUAAAAUACAAUUUUUAGUACAAAAA